CUUUCUUUUUCUUUUUUUUUCCUCUCAUAACCAACAUCAACAGCCCCUUUACAACCAGCAUUAGCAACCCCUUUUCUUUCACACACAAAAAACAGUUAAACCAAUAUGGCAGAAAGGAUCGUUUACAAAGCCCAGAACAGUCCCAACCAGCACCAGCCUGAUGUCUUUAUCUUGACCGAGCCUGGUAUGGCCGCCAAGUACCGCGCCCAAAAGAAAAAUGCCAACCCACAAGAUAAUUCACCCAAGAUCAACCUUAUUGAUGUUGCUCAGAAAUUUGAAGUCUACCAGAGCGAGACAGGAAAAGGUUUCGAGGGCAAGAUUUCCCGCCCAUCCAAAGCUGUUCUGGAUUCCAUCUUCAACACUGAGGACGAGUCGGCCAUCAUCGAAGAGAUCAUUCUCAAUGGCGAGAUCCAAGGAGCUCAUUAAAGAAUCUCCCCCCCCCCUCCAUUUCUUUUGUUUGAGCAGCAAUGGCAACUAAACUUGUAUAUAUACACGUUUUUCCCUCUUCUUGAAUCAAUGCGAGACUUGUGAAAAAACGAAUUUAAAUAAAAAAAAAA